AUGUUUUUCUUUCAAUGGUACAGAAUUGAUCUAGUCAUUAGUCUGUUGUCGUCAAUUUUAAUUUUUACUAAUUCUUUUUCUACUGCAUCAUCACCUUCGUCGGAUACGAAACCUUAUUGUUCAUUUUUUUCCAAUCGAGCACCAAGUCCACAACCUGCACUUACCAAUUGUACAUGGUUUAAAGAGAACAGUUGCUGUCGUGGUAAUGAAGUACGACUUAUUUUUUCUCAAGUACGUCCAUUAAUUGGCUCAUCAGCAGAGUGUACACGUUUUCUCAAUGUACUUAUGUGUUAUGUAUGUUCACCAUUGCAACAUGUAUUUUAUCGUAGUGAACGUUUACAUGUAUGUUUAUCCUAUUGCGAUCGAAUGUAUAAUGCCUGUGCGACAGCACUCAUGAAAGGUAUACCUGUUGGAGAAUUAUAUGCAAAUGGGCGAGAAUUUUGCCUUUCACGGCGUUUCGAAAUCAACGAUGCAUUUAAUGCUUCUACUUGUUUUGCUGAUCAUGAUUUAAGAAUUCAAACAAAACAAAUCAAAAUUGGAGAUUUUAAUAGAUCUUCCAGAAAUAUCGAACGACCCAAUGUAUUUAAACUAUUUGCUGUCGUAUGUCUGGCAGCCAUGGUUAGUUUUAUUUUAUGUUAA